AUGAGAGCUCGUUUGUAUUUAAAUGGUAAUGAAGAUGCUCAUCGUACACAUAUGUCACUCUUUUUUGUACUCAUGCGAGGUUUGAACGAUCCAAUUCUCAAAUUUCCAUUCAGCUAUAAAGUCACAUUCUGUUUGUACCAUCAAACACCUGCACAACGACAUAUUAUUGAUUCAUUUCGCCCAGACAUUAACUCAAGUAGUUUUCAACGUCCACGAUCCGAAAUGAGUAUUGCAAAUGAUAUUCCUAAGUUUUGUCCUUUGGCAACAAUUCAACAAGAAGGCAAUUCUUAUGUUCGAGAUGAUACAAUGUUUAUCAAAAUUAUGGUUGAUUUUCUUGAAAUAUCAAAAACAUUAUUGUCCUAUAUUUUAAGUCUCAAUCCAGGUCUACCAACACAUAUUCAACAAGCGACAAUUAAGCAAGAAAUGGAACGAAGAUCUCAACAACAGUCUGGCGAGUCACUGUUGACACCUCAUGGGUGA